ACGGUGAUGCACGAGCAGAUGAUCGUGCUGAAAUGUUCGUGCUGAAGUGCUCGGUGCAUGGCGUUACGAUGAUCAGUUCGGACCAUAUAUAAGAUGAUACCUCCCGCACCGAUGUGGUCACGGACGACACACAAAUCCAUCCCGUCAAUCCACUCAACAUACGACCGUAGCUCCCGACAAAGCCGCAUAAGCACUUGACCUAUCAUGGGUUUUUUCUCGAAGAAAGGUGCGGAACAUGACCCAAACGCAGCCUUAGCCGCAUCUUGCUCACAGAAUAGUCUCAGACGGUUCAUCCAAACCAGAACAAGCCGUGUCCGUAUCAGCGGAAGCAGCAUCGAACACUACAACAUCGAACACCGAAACAUCGACUUUGGAGACGCACCGCCCUAUCUUUCUUCUCGUAUGGAAAAGUGCAACAUUCAAAUCGCAUUGGGCAAUCUUCGUCCCCAACAUAGAAGACCGAGCGGCGAAGAAAGGCAAAUAUUUCCAUGUCGAAGUAGUCCCCUGAAAGGCUUCGUCUUCCAAAUCGUCCGCGGUUGGGACAUCAAUUUGACCAGGAGCCGACCUUUCAAUCCCAUCGAUUUGGGUUGGUGUCAAGCCGAUCUGAUCACUGACACGCCCACCGCCUCAAACCAACUGGUGAAAGACUCGAUCCCAAGAGAUCGUUUCGAAGAAAUUCUUGCCUCAAUUCCAGCGCCAGGAAAAUCGAUGAGGAGCGCAUCAACUUCUGUCGCUUCCAGCAGUCGUCAGAAGGCAGAGUUGUCUGAUUGUCAGUGGUGGACCACGCAAUGCAUUGGUGCCUUGGUAGACCAAGGCUACUUGAUUUCAUGCCCCAAGGGACUCAACAAAGGCAAAGACCCGCGGGUCGUGCUGAGCGAAAGUCCGCGGAAUUAGGCGUCAAUGAACCCAGCUUCUUUUCUUAAACAGAUAGAUGAGUAGGUACUCACCCAAGAGGGAGAGAAAGCUGAAGGUUGGGUCCGUGGUUUUGGAAGCUCGAUGACAAAGCUGCAUCCCUUUGUUUAGGACGAGUACCCCUGUUCCACUUGCAAGUGUUUGCCCUCGGAGGUGGAGGAAUAUUCCAGGGUUGGCCGGACCUCUUAUCAUAUCUCAGUACUUGAAGAAUCUGGGACGGCUUGCCUGUAAUGAGUUAUGUGGAGCAGAUCACCGCUAUAGACUCGACCGCGUAC